CGACAACACAGUAGCAAGACAAGUCAAUCAUGUGUGGGGAAACCCAGGUCGUGCUCGUCACCGGCGCCUCCGGGUUCGUAGGUGCGGCCGUCACGCUCGAGCUCCUGAAACAAGGGUACAAAGCUAAGGGUACAGUCCGCUCGCAGGAAAAGGCAGACGCGUUUGAUGCGGUGUACCCCGAGCAUACGGGGUCCAUCACCUGGUCGAUCGUCCCGGGCACUGGAUACCGUCGUGCAAGGUGUAGAUCACGUAUUGCACCUCGCGUCGCCCUUCCAUUACUCUGCCAAAGACCUGGAAAAGGAGAUGCUCCAACCGGCGCUGCAGGUCUUGCCGCGGGGAUCAACUUGAGGCAGGGUUAUCGGCCCGGGUAUACGUAUUCCGAGCUGGACUGGAACCCGAUUACCUGGGAGCAGGUAAUGAUGAUCGGAGAUCCCGCAGUGGCGUAUCUCGCUUCUAAGAAAUUCGCGGACCAAGCAGCGUGGAAUUACAUGAGUACCCACGCGCCGAAGUUUGCCUUGACGAGGAUAUGUCCCCCGAUGAUCUUCGGGCCGCCGAUGCAGCCUGUAGAGCGGAUGAAAGAGCUGACCAUGAGCACAGCGGACGCGGCGAAACUCCACGUCGACGCCCUUUCCCAUCCUGCAAGUGCCAACCAGCGGUAUCUCGCUAUAGGGGGUCACUACUCCUAUGCCCAAGUUGCACAUAUCAUAGCACAGCAUCAACCGGAGCUGGCAACCGCGGGCAAGGUCACCCCGAGCGUAGGAGAGCCUGCGACGCACUUUGAUACUGACUCGGGGAAGGCGGAGACGGAGUUCGAGAUGGGAUGGAGCUCGAUCAAUGUGUUAGAGAUACCGUGGAUAAGCUGUUGGAACUGGAGAAGAAGCUUGGGGUUUGAAUGA